ACUUAUUUAAUCCGACCCCCUUGAAAAUUGUCUAUCCCAAACUCAUUCACAACCAUUAAUAUAAACAGAUAUUCUUACAUACAUUAUAUUCUCGUACACAAACUUUUUUUUUUUUUUUAACUAAAAAAGAAUACAAAGCAAGGGAGGGUAAAGAUAAUUUCAAUUUUCCGCGUUUAUUCAGCAGCGUAAUUGUGCGACGGUCCCUAGACAGGGGCAGCGGCACACUCGGGUGUUUACGUGUAACGUCACUUCGGGACAACUUCUAACGCCAACUUCCUCUGAUAACAAGUACUGGUCACACUACCUGCAACUAUGGAAAACUACAGUUGAAUUUUUUCAGACCAAGUUUCGUUUUCUUUCAACUUUUAAUCCCGGAAGAAACGUUACAUAUAACCUGGCGCUGCGUCGCCUAGAUAUGGGGUAGAUCAACUUUGGCGUUAUCCUAACAUACCCUCAUGUCAGACAGGUUUUGCAAAACUGGUGUUGUCUACAUGAUAAAGUCGUACAACAAGAUAUGUACUCAAAUGCGCAUAAAGUGAAGAAGCGUGCAGGGAGCAACUCCUACUGAAGUCCUGUUUUAUGGCCACACAUGGAAAUAUCAAUGGUGGGGCGUCGUCUGUCAUUAAAGAGGAGAUACUGUCUUCUGCUGUGCUUUGCUGUCGGACUGUUAAUCGCUUAUGAGCUCACAAGGAAUCGCCUUGAAGUAGGAAGAAUGAGCCGUGCGGAAGGUCUGAGGGCCAACUCGUCUCAGUUCACUCUGGAGGGAAAGCCCCUCCGCAUCCUGGGAGGCUCCAUCCAUUACUUCCGUGUCCCCAGAGCCUACUGGGAGGACCGGCUGCUGAAGAUGAAGGCCUGUGGCCUGAAUACUCUCACGACAUAUGUGCCGUGGAACCUGCACGAGCCUGAGCGAGGGGUGUUCAACUUUGAGGAUCAGCUGGAUUUAGAAGCCUACCUGCGCCUUGCAGCCAGCUUGGGCCUCUUGGUGAUUCUGCGUCCAGGGCCGUACAUCUGUGCUGAGUGGGAUUUAGGGGGACUUCCAAGUUGGCUUCUACGGGACCGAAACAUGAAACUGAGAACAACCUACCUGGGAUUCACUGAUGCAGUCAACUCCUUCUUUAAUCAGCUCAUUAAGAGAGUUGUUCCACAUCAGUACUCCAAGGGUGGCCCAAUUAUCGCGGUUCAAGUGGAAAAUGAAUAUGGCUCCUACGCUGAAGAUGACUCGUACAUGCCCUUCAUCAAGGAGGCGUUACUGUCAAGGGGCAUCACCGAGCUGCUGCUGACCUCAGACAACAGGGAAGGACUAAAGCGUGGAGGAGUGAAAGGAGCACUAGAAACCAUCAAUUUCCAGAAACUGAACCCAAAUGACAUCAAGUAUCUGGAUGCAAUACAACCUCACAAGCCAAAGAUGGUGAUGGAGUACUGGUCUGGCUGGUUCGACAUUUGGGGGGACCUUCAUCAUGUGUACACAGCUGACGACAUGAUACAUGUGGUCAGAGAGAUCCUUAAACAGGACAUGUCCAUCAACCUCUACAUGUUCCACGGAGGGACAAAUUUUGGCUUCAUGAGCGGAGCGUUUGCAGUUGGAAUGCCGGCACCGAGACCUAUGGUGACAAGCUACGAUUACGAUGCUCCAUUAUCCGAGGCUGGGGAUUACACCACCAAGUACCAUCUUCUGAGGAAUUUAUUCAGCCACUACCACACGCAGCCUCUCCCUGAACUGCCCUCUCAUCAGGAGAGGAGAGCGUACCAGCCUGUUGUCAUCCAGCAGCACCUGUCUCUGUGGGACAGCCUGCAUUUCACUGACAAGCCACUGAAGUCAGAGAGGCCGGUGAACAUGGAGAACCUCCACGUCAACAAUAACAACGGCCAGUCUUACGGCUACACGCUGUACGAGACCGCCAUCACCAGCCAAGGAACCCUCAACUCGAAGAACAACGUCAGAGACAGAGCACUGGUUUUUGUGGACAAACAUUUUGUGGGUGUUCUGGAUUAUAAGACGCAAGAACUUCCACUCCCUGAUGGGAAGGGAAAAAGAACUCUAAGUUUGUUGGUGGAGAACUGUGGAAGAGUGAAUUAUGGGAAAACGCUGGACCAGCAGCACAAAGGUCUUGUUGGAGAUAUCGAGCUUAACAAGCGCCCCCUCCGCGACUUCAUUAUGCGCAGUCUGGAUAUGAAGCCAGGCUUUGUAAACAGACUUGAGAGUUCAGGCCACUGGAUGUCGAUGCGUCAGCGGCAGACCUUCCCAGGGUUUUUCCAGGGGAAACUCUAUGUGAACAGUUCUCCCAAAGACACCUUCAUCAAGCUCCCUGGCUGGAGCAAAGGUGUAGUGUUUAUUAACGGCAAGAAUCUGGGACGCUACUGGUCCAUUGGUCCCCAGCAAACUCUCUAUGUCCCCGGGCCCUGGCUUCACAGGGGGGAUAACCAGGUCAUAGUUUUUGAAGAGCAAGAAACAGAUGGCAAGAUUCAGUUCGCCAGCAGCCCGGACUAUGGUAUGAGUGUUGAUGUCCAGUGAGGACAGGAGGUGAGAGGAGAGUUUGGAGGAGAAGAGGAUGAUGAGGGAGUAAUUGGGGAAGACAUGACUGAGAUCGUUGUUGUGAGCUUCGCACAUCCGGGACCAGCAGCACUCAAAGCUAACAUGUCAGUGAAGGGGACUCCCUGAAAACUUGGCAUUUCACUCAUGUCCUUGGUCACACAGUGUUGUGUGCCUGAUGCGCGUUUUUGUCGGUCCACAUUGCGUUAUUUGGUCACUUUUUGAAUAACUCAUAGGUACGUGGGGUAAAGUAAUAAUUACCAGAGAUUUUAGUCCUGUCCGAAUGUGCCAUGUCUGUAAUCUUUACCGUACGAUGUCAGUAAAGAUAACCGUGACUUUUACCUUCUGUAAAGGGUCCCGGAAAAUUACCUCAGGUAAUACUAAUCCCGUGCGAAUAGACCAGCAGUAAAUAUGUGUGUAGAUAUUUCGUCAUAUCCUGUUCACAAGUGUUUUUUUGCGGAUUUUCAAGCAUGGAGGCUCUUGAAGAAGCACUCAGUUUUGCACUUCACAGUCGGACAAGUCCGUGUGAAACCUCAGGUACUGUGGGCCUACGACGAACAUGAUUCAAAACCAAAAGAAGGUCGCAAGCACUUGUCCGAGGCACGGGACUUGUGAUUGCUUUAGGUAAGUUAAGUAUGCAAUGUAGCAGGGCUAUGUGGCUAAUAAAAAAUGACAAUAAAAUCAACCAGUAGGCUAAUCAGUUCAUAAUAAUUCGAUGUUGUAGGCUAUAUUAUUUUUUCACGCACAGGAAGCAACGUCAUACGCACAUGACAACAGGAGGGGGCGGCGGUGCGUGAAUGGAUUUACACCUCCCACUUGUGGUAGUUUUACUGAUAUUUCUUAUCCUGUGCAAAUUGGCCAUUAAUAUUACCAACGUCCUGAGGUAAAGUGACAUUACCCCACGUGCCCAUGUAAAACUAAUCCUGUCCGAAUAGUGCUUUUGUCUUAUACCGAACAUUAAACCCUCAGGAGACCUCAUGCUUAUCUGCAACUGCAAACAGAGAUGGUUAUUUAUGUUUUUGUGGUCAUUUUUUGAUAAAGACACACUUAGAUUUCUGCUUAUUUUACUCUUAUGCUGGCACGGCUGCAACUGCAACUAGACUUCCCUGAAUGACUUUUACCUGACUGCUGAUAAAUGCUCAAAUUGACCAUCAUAACAUUAUACUGGAAAAUACAUACAACUAAAUAGUGCGUAAAUACAUUGUAAUUUAGAUGGACUAAAUUAUGUUGAACAAGAAAAAUUUACUCAGAUGGGGAGUCUGUAUUCUGAUAUCUUGUGUCAGUGUACCCCAAACUGGCUUACAAGGCUACCUAUUAAUUUCCAUGUUAUUUAAAAAGGUGUGAGACCACAUAUACAAUUAUAGGAAAACAUGAACGGUAUGUUCUGUAUGCCUUCUUACUCAUAGUGUGUAUUAUUCAGUCUAGUGUGCCUUAUUUUCCACGCUCUUGAGAUAAAACUUGUCCAUACUUUGCCACUCCGUCCAACCAAAAUUAUUUAGGGUUUUUGUUCAUCGUUUUUACAAAGGUGCAGGUAGGUUAUCAUAUAAAGUAUAAAUAUCCACACAGAGCUUGUCGAAGCAUGCACUGCUGCGUCCUAUAAAACCACACUCAUCUGGGUGAAAUACCAACCUGUUAGGGAGUCUCAGCCCAUCAGUGAAUAUGACAUUUUGUGGCCUGUCAGAAGACAACAACACAGCAUUUUUUUUUAUUUAAUGACUGUAUUUUUCACAUUCUGUUAAAUCCUUGUUGUUCAAAUUAGUGACAUUAACAUUACCCUGUACUCAUAUGCUUCAUUCCUGGAGACCAUAGUGCUGUGGUUGAUUUUAAUACAUUGUUAUAAAAUGUCUCCCUCUAUCCGACUUAAUUUAUAAAUUACAGGCUGUGUGAAAAGAGCUGUGAAUAAAGGCGGGUUUGACCUCUGUGUCAGUAGCCAAGGCCAAGGAA